ACCAUGAGCAGGAUUCUUUGCGCCUACAUCACAAUCACCGACAUAUCCAUCUCAUUUCGACAUCAGCCGGGCAUCCCAUAACACUCACGUGCAUCGUCAACCGGCGCAACAAACGCGCGCCCGAGACUGCCUUCCCCCGCACGAACUGGGCGCCUCCUAACACCCAAAACGUCAGCUCCGUUGCCUCGAGCGACCUUCGCCUUCCUCGGCGAACUUGGCUCUUCCAUAUCAUCAAGUCUUGCAACACCUGCUCCGAAAUCCAGUACAGCAAUGGAGCAGGCGAAACCUACGCCGUCGCGCCGUCGCGCCGCCCGAAAUAACGGCAAACCCGCUUUGCAGAGGAUGUAUGCGUCUGAGAACGACUUGCCAGUGACUUCGAAGAUGGGGUAUGAUCAGGGCCCUCAACCGUCCACACCUCAAAAGUCGGGCUCUCCCGCAUUUGAUAUGCAGCCUGUUGCUUUCCAGCAGGGCUCUGCGAGAGCUUCGCGCGCACGCAAUAACAAUCAAAAUGCCACCAACCAAGGUAGUCACAACAAGGCUCGUCCCAAGCAAUCGACAGCCUCUCCCGACUUCGCACGAACUGCGCGCCAGACCACUCCGAACAGCGCCGCCGUAACCAAGCUGCCGUCUUCGGCCGCUUUUGCUGGCGCUACAUUCCACGCUUCUCCGGCGCCAUCUGCUUUGCCGAUACCAAGUUUUUAUAAGUCAUUUGCUGGAUCGCCUAGUACGCAGACUCGCCACCAGGAUGCCCAGCAACAGCCAUCUCCGCCCGCUACGGAGCCAGAAAUGCCGACUCCGCAGCGGCCACUAGCCAACGAGGCGCGUGAGUCACCACUAGAGGCUAUGUUCAGAGCCGAUCGUGCGGAGAAGGAGAAGGCUCGUCGCCCUAGCUUCGUCAGCGAUGCCUCUACCAGCCGAAACCUGUUUUCUCCCGCCGCUAUGCCUCAAGGAUCUCAAACAAUGCCUCGACAGCAUUACGGAUUGCCUAGGGACAAGCCUUUCCAGCAGCAUUCCUCGUCCGGUAUCCCCAUGGCAGAGCUUGACGGUGUUCCAGGACGGCCGGUUGGGCCUGCCUUUUCCACUCCCUAUCAAGACCGCAUACGCGCAGCACGCGGCCCAGUCCCGGAACCUACAAACAGUGGAGUCUCGCCGUCGCAGCUUCACGAAGACCCAACAGAAGCCCUGAAGAAAUACCUUUUCGGGCCCAAGAACUCGGGCUCAGAAACAAUGCAUCCAGCCCCCCCAAACGAGGCCUUGGUGAGUUCUUCCGCGCCUGCCAGCCGGCCUGCGGGCUUGCUAGCAAUGGAGGAUGACUUGAGGCGAAUUCUUAAACUGUCUUGAUUUGAAUCUCCUGAUUUCAUGUCUCUGUUCAUCUACGACAGUCUUCGUGGGAAAGCUUUGCAGCACAUGAUUGUUCUCACUGCGGUGCAAGGGUUAAGGAUCUUUUUUUGGCUUGCAUGGGAGGAUCAUGGUGGCUGGCGUCGGACUGAUCUCUACAUCUGAGACCCGGAUUCAUUACUAUGACGGAAUGUCAAUCAGGCAAGGCUUGGUACAUUGUUCCAGGGCGCAUCGUACAGCGUGUCUCCUUUGUGCUCGCUUGUGCACUUUAGCCACGCGAUGGUCAGGUUUUGACAAGGACAGCGAAACUGCUAUUGUAUACAAUGCUUAUCAAUUUAUUUUUCCCUCUGG